GGUGCAGGGCAGGCAGUGGCACUCAGAGUAAUAGCAGAUCGUUGUGCUUUCUAUAAUUGCAGGUUCCUUGUGUGGCAGUACUGCACUCUUGGAACAUUGUCACAUCCAUUGCAAAUCCGCGGGGUUUAUAACCGCACUGAGAGCGAAACUCUCCACAGGAAAAAGCUGGUUAUGUAUUCCCGAGGUAAUGGGGGAACUUCAUAUGCAUAUCCGGGAAGACCAUGGAGACCUUUUGCAAGAGUGGUUUUUGCAUUCACUUUCAUGGAUCAAUGUAUAAAGCCUACGAGGUGGAAUAAUUGGGGCAAAGUUGAGAAUGAAAGAACUUCUUGCUUCUAUGAAUACGAGCAAUCAUUUCUAACUCCAUUCCGUAGUAUU